AUGGCCGAUCCCUUUGCCCCGCGCUCUAUGAAGCGUAAGAAUGUCAAAGGUCUUGCUCUUAAAGCAGCUGCCCCUCGCCCCCCACCAACCGCCGAAACAAGCAACCAUGAAUAUAGCGGGAGCCAAGACGCAGGCAAAGACGAACAGCUGGAGAUCGGUAUUGAGUACAAGUUGGAUUUGAAGCCUGAUGAUCUUGAGAUUCUCAAGGAACUGGGAUCCGGUAACGGUGGCACUGUCAGCAAGGUCAGGCACCUUACAACGGGGACUGUCAUGGCUCGCAAGGUGAUCCAUGUGGAAGCCAAGCGUGAGAUACGGAAGCGAAUUGUUCGAGAACUUCAAAUUAUGCAUGGAUGCCACUCCGACUAUAUUGUGACAUUCUACGGUGCUUUCCUGACCCCGAAUAACGAUGUCAUUAUGUGUAUGGAGUACAUGGAUGUUGGUGCCCUCGAUCGAGUUUCAAGGGUCUUUGGCCCGGUUCGCGUCGAUGUUCUUGGUAAAAUUGCAGAGGCGACUCUAGGAGGCUUGACAUAUCUUUACACAAAGCACCACAUCAUGCAUCGCGAUAUCAAGCCGUCUAACAUCCUGGUUAAUUCGAGGGGUGGAAUCAAGCUUUGCGAUUUUGGUGUUUCUGGCGAGCUUGUCAACUCUAUCGCCGACACCUUCGUCGGGACUUCCACCUACAUGGCGCCUGAAAGAAUUCAGGGUGAAAAGUAUACAGUCAAGUCAGAUGUCUGGAGUUUUGGUUUGAGUAUUAUGGAGCUUGCUAUCGGCAAGUUCCCCUUUGCGGCCAGCGAGCAGCUAUCAGACGGCGAGUGUGCACCAGCUGGUAUCCUGGACCUACUCCAGCAGAUUGUACAUGAGCCGGCCCCCAAACUUCCCAAGAGCGAUGCUUUCCCCAGUAUCCUUGACGACAUGAUCCAGAAAUGUCUUUACAAGGAGCCUGAGCGCCGACCGACUCCUCAGGAGCUUUUCGACCGAGACCACUUCGUGCAAGCCGCCAAGCGUACACCAGUCGAUCUUAGAGAGUGGGCUGUUGGCAUGAUGGAGCGUGACAACAGAAAGUCUCACUUGGCACCCCAGCUUUCUCCUUCAACCCAGGAUCUGCUUCGCUCGAGCGAUUCGCCUACCCAGAACCAGUCCCAACCACAGGCUCAACCCGAAGAUCGCUCUCACACUCCCACAUCUGGUGAGAUCCCUAUCGGUGGUGCUGGUAUCAUCUCUCCUCGGGAUCAAUAUGGCACAAACCAAAGUCGAUCGCCACCUCGUAACGGAUAUGCCUCUUCUCGUACACCGGCUUCCGCACACCCUGGAUUAGGAUCCAGAAAUGUUACCACAAAUUCCAUCCCCAAGGUUUCAGGCUAUCCCGACAGUGCUGGCCCUGUAAGCGCGAAUGCUGCCACAUUCAGCUUACCUGUUCGCCCGGCACCUCCAGGCGGUCCUCUCCCUCCUCCGCCACCUCGAAAGGAGACUCCUGACGACCUGCGAAGGGAGAACCGGAGACAGGCUACAUUUGGAUUGCCUCCCAACCCAAGCUAUGGCCUACCUUAA